AAGUGCGUACCUUUGUUACAAAUAAACAGCUGUUGUAUCGUGCAGGUUCGUCGCGCGACCUCAAGUGCGUUAUGUGCGACGGCAAUCACGCGUUGUUCUCGUGCAUUAAAUUUCUUAAUCUACCUGUACAAGAUCGACAUACAUUCGUUUCGAAUAAUAAAGGUGCAAUAUGCCCAAAUUGUUUGCGUGCCGGACAUACUAUACAAGAUUAUCAGUUCGGGUCGUGUAAACAAUGUUCACAAAAACAUAACAGCUUAAUUCAUACAGAUAGCAGCGCGAGUUGUAAUUCACUUCGUUUUAUGCCUACAGUUGCGCACACUAAAGCGCACGACGCUCUGACUCGCACCGCGACAGACGGUGCGCAUGCUAACACUUCUUUAUUAAAUACACAUUCAAACAUUUCUUAUCACACAAAGCAAGCCGUGCAGUCUAAUACAUUAGAACAGGUUUUGCUCUCAACAGCACUCGUUGAAGUAUGUAAUAACAAUAAUACAUACAUAGCUGCGCGCGCCCUCCUCGAUAGUGGAAGCCAGCGAUGUUUUAUUACAGAUGCGUUAUGCAAAAAAUUACGUUUAUCUACUAUACAGUCCACUCUCACCAUAACAGGCAUAGGUAACAGCGUCAUGCGAUCAGAACAGUCCUGUGACCUUGUCAUGCGUUCAAGAACUAGUAAUUUUAGUACACUACUAAAUUGUUCCGUUUUGCCUAAAAUUACAUUUCGUUUACCAAAUAGUCAUAUUGACUUUAACUCGUUACAAAUACCGCAACACGUUAAGCUCGCGGACCCAGAAUACAAUAUACCCUCUGAUAUAGACAUAUUGAUUGGAGCGGAUGUAUUUUGGAAUUUAUUACAAGAAGGUUUAUUGCGGUUACCUGGUGGGCCUUACCUACAAAAUACACAUUUAGGCUGGAUUAUUUCGGGUACGUUUUCCGCUAAUAAAUGUUUAAAAAAUAAUUAUACACGUAACAAUAUGAUUUGUUGCUCACUUUCAACUUCAUUAGAUAAUCAAUUAAGACGUUUUUGGGAAGUAGAGGAGGUUGACGGCGGUAAAUCGGCUAGUAACAUUUACACAGCAGAUGAUAGGUUGUGUGAAGAGCUUUUUACGUCCACCACCACCCGUGACUAUGACGGUAGAUUCGCGGUGCGAAUGCCGUUGCGUGAAUCAGCUGACUCGCUUGGCGAUUCUUACGAGUUAGCCAAAAAUAGGUUUCUGUCGUUAGAAAAAAGGUUAGAUCGUUCACCCGAACUGAAGUGUAUGUACUCUGAUUUUCUUAAGGAAUAUUUAACAUUAGGUCACAUGACACGUAUUGAUACAUUUUCAUCGCCUUAUUAUUUCUUACCGCAUCACUGCGUACAACGAGAAAGUACCACACUACACACAUUUUGUGGCGGGAAAAUAAACAAGAUCCGUUAUCUGUGUAUCAGUUGA